UACUUCCGGGAGGAGGCCACGUGACUCACUAAAAAUGGCGGCGCCCAGAGAGGCUGCGUGAAAGUUGUGGGAAGUCGCCGUUUCGGGGUGCGUGAAUCAGAAGCGAGGGGGACUUGGGAGCCAUGUCGCGACUGAUCGUGAAGAACCUCCCGAAUGGGAUGAAGGAGGAGCGAUUCCGGCAGCUAUUUGCCGCCUUCGGCACGCUGACUGACUGCAGCCUCAAGUUCACCAAAGAUGGCAAGUUCCGCAAGUUCGGCUUCAUAGGUUUCAAGUCAGAGGAGGAGGCCCAGGCAGCGCUGAGCCAUUUCCACAGGAGCUUUAUUGACACGUCCCGGAUCACGGUGGAAUUCUGCAAGUCCUUUGGAGACCCAACGAAGCCCCGAGCUUGGAGCAAGCAUGCUCAGAAGCCAAACCAGCCCAAGCAGCCAUUGCAAGACUCCGUUCCAUCAGACACUAAAAAAGACAAGAAGAAGAAAAAGGUGCCCAGUGACCUGGAGAAGCUGAAGCAAGAUGCCGAGUUCCAGGAGUUCCUGUCGAUUCAUCAGAAGAGGACCCAAGUGGCCACGUGGGCAAACGAUGCUUUGGACUCCCAGCUCCCGAAAGCGAAGACCAAGCCGGCAAGUGACUAUCUGAACUUUGACUCUGACUCCGACUCAGGGCAGGAGAGUGAGGAGGAGCUGGCCCGAGAGGAACCUGAAGAGGAGCAAGGACUGCAGCCAAAGACAGCCGUGCAGAAGGAGCUGUCCGACAUGGAGUACCUGAAAUCCAAGAUGGUGCGGGCAGAGGUGUCCUCUGAGGACGAGGACGAAGAGGACAGUGAAGACGAGGCGGUGAACUGUGAGGAAGGCAGCGAGGCUGAGGAAGAGGAGGGCCUGCCUGCCCCCCCAGCCCAGCAGGAAAGUGUGAGCCGGGGAACUCUGUCUUCAAGCCAGAGGCCUCAGGAAGCUGCUGGCAAGGUAGAGAAGCCAGCCAGCCAGAAGGAACCCACCACCCCUUACACCGUGAAGCUCCGAGGAGCCCCAUUCAAUGUCACUGAGAAAAACGUCAUGGAAUUCCUGGCGCCCCUGAAGCCAGUGGCCAUUCGAAUAGUGAGAAAUGCUCACGGGAACAAAACAGGAUAUGUCUUCGUGGAUCUCAGCAGUGAAGAGGAAGUGAAAAAAGCUCUGAAGUGCAACCGAGAAUACAUGGGUGGACGCUAUAUCGAGGUGUUCAGGGAGAAGCAGGCACCUACAGCGCACGGUCCCCCAAAGAGCAGCAGCGCACCCUGGCAGGGCCGCAAGCUCGGGGAACAUGAGGAGGAGGAGGACCUGGCCGACUCAGGGAGGCUCUUUGUGCGGAACCUGUCCUACACCAGCUCUGAGGAGGACCUGGAGAAGCUGUUCUCUGCCUAUGGUCCCUUGUCAGAACUCCACUACCCCAUCGACAGCCUGACCAAGAAGCCCAAGGGCUUUGCCUUCGUCACCUUCAUGUUCCCUGAGCACGCAGUGAAGGCCUAUGCAGAGGUAGAUGGGCAGGUAUUCCAGGGCAGGAUGCUCCACGUCCUACCUUCCACCAUCAAGAAAGAAGCCACCCAAGAGGCUGACGCCCCAGGUUCCUCUUACAAGAAGAAGAAGGAAGCCAUGGACAAAGCCAACAGCUCCAGCUCUCACAACUGGAACACGCUGUUUAUGGGACCGAAUGCUGUGGCUGAUGCCAUCGCCCAGAAGUACAAUGCCACCAAGAGCCAAGUGUUUGACCAUGAGACCAAGGGCAGUGUGGCUGUGCGCGUGGCUCUCGGGGAGACCCAGCUGGUCCAGGAGGUCCGCAGCUUCCUUAUCAACAAUGGCGUCAGCCUGGACUCUUUCAGCCAGGCCGCAGCAGAGAGAAGUAAGACUGUGAUCUUGGCUAAGAACCUCCCCGCCGGUACGCUAGCAGCGGAGCUACAGGAGAUCUUCGGCCGCUUUGGCAGCUUGGGUCGCGUGCUGCUGCCUGAAGGCGGCAUCACCGCCAUUGUAGAGUUCCUGGAGCCGCUGGAGGCCCGCAAGGCCUUCAGGCACCUGGCCUAUUCUAAGUUCCACCAUGUUCCCCUGUACCUAGAGUGGGCUCCAAUUGAUGUCUUCAGCGCAGCUCCCCAGAAGAAAGAUUCCCAACCUGAGCAAUCUGCAAAGAAAGCCAAGGAGGAGCAAGACACUGGGCCAGCACCCGACCCAGAAGGUGAAAAGGCUUCUGAGGAAGGAGCAGAAGCCUCCACGGGCAAGAUGGAAGAGGAGGAAGAGGAAGAGGAGGAGGAAGAAGAAAGUGUCCCAGGAUGCACUUUGUUUAUUAAGAACCUCAACUUCAGCACCACAGAGGAGACACUGAAGGAAGUGUUUUCCAGAGUGGGAGCUGUAAAGAGCUGCAUGAUCUCCAAGAAGAAGAAUAAAGCAGGAGUGCUACUUUCAAUGGGGUUUGGGUUUGUGGAAUACAAGAAGCCGGAGCAGGCCCAGAAAGCCCUCAAGCAGCUCCAGGGUCACGUCGUCGACGGCCAUAAACUGGAAGUACGGAUCUCCGAACGAGCCACUAAGCCUGCCUUAACACCCACUCGGAAAAAACAAGCACCCAAGAAGCAGACGACCUCCAAAAUCUUGGUGCGGAAUAUCCCCUUCCAGGCCAACCAGAGGGAGAUCCGGGAGCUUUUCAGCACCUUCGGGGAACUGAAGACUGUGCGUCUGCCAAAGAAGAUGGCGGGGACAGGUGCACACAGGGGCUUCGGUUUUGUGGACUUCGUCACCAAGCAGGAUGCAAAGAAAGCCUUCAAUGCUCUGUGUCACAGCACGCACUUGUACGGCCGGAGGCUGGUUCUGGAAUGGGCAGACUCGGAGGUGACCCUGCAGUCCCUACGGAGGAAGACAGCCAGGCAUUUCCAAGAGCCCCCAAAGAAAAAGCGGUCUGCGGUGUUGGAUGGGAUCCUGGAGCAGCUGGAAGACGGGGACGAUGACGACAGUGAACAAGCUCUUCAGCUGUGAGCUGGCACCACCAAGGUGUGUGGCUCUGGGCCCCUGGGGCCAGCAGGGCGUGACAGGAGCUCUUCAUAGGUCAGGGCCAAAGGACACAAAAGCUUGUGGCAAGUACUUGGAUGUGAGAACAUAUUUUCUGCAGGCUCCCCACCGGUGGGUGACGUGUUCAGCAACCGCUGACUGAGCACCUGCUCUGGAUAACGCAUGUGAGGUGGCUCCUUACAGAGCCUCAGACUCUGCGAUAGGUGGCAGCUUGCGCAGCCAGUGUAGGGCCAGUGGCAGGAAUGAGCUGCUGUCUGCGUGGGACCCACAGCUCAGCCCUGUUCACCAGCCGCCCGGGCCCCCCCUCAGCCAGCCUCCUACAGCCCUGUCUCCCCCUCUACAGAACUGCUGGCCAAAGGAGGGAGCUGGGGACUCUACCUCAUCACCUGGGGCCCUUCACGGUCCUCCUGAAGCAUGCAUUCCAAGCCCUGAUGCCAGGUUCGCAGGCUGAACUUUGCGAGCUCCACCAGGCCUGCAGCUCAAGGUGGAGGCACUGGGAGUCCCACGCCCCGGGCCAGCGGCCUCAAAAGCUCAUCUUUGGCUGGGUACCCUAGCACAGCCUCUUCAUGAAUGCUGGUACACCAACAGCCUGAGGUUGGUGAUGAUGUCGAGCAGGGAACAGGGGCCACAGCCCUUCCACCACUGCCCAGCACCAGCAGCACCACUCCAAGCGUGCAGCUUAAGACCCACAUCACUUGGAGUUCAGGGAGUAUCCGUUCAGUGCCGGUGACUGGCAUGGCUGCCUCAGCCAGCCACACCAACUUCAACCAUCCCAGCAGGAAGACCUGAGAAGACCUACUCGCACUUCUGAGCUGUUGUCACCACAGGCUAGAGGUGCGCUGGACAGGACUCUGAGCUCCAGGCCUUCCGACUCUGUGUGAGGAGCUCGGCCUGUGCAAUUUUGUAGAGAUGAGGUCCUAUUUUUCAGAGUGGCCUGGACCCCAGGCCAAGCUACCGAAGCUAGGAGCGUACCCUGUGGUGGGACAGGUACUUUGUUCCAGUCCAAGGGUGCUGAGAAUUAAGCAAUAAACCUAGAAUGACAGAA